CGGCUCUAUAAAGCUUCGCGCGAAUCCUCGCGAGACACUCGGCGCUCAUGCUCUCCGCGGGGGUCGGAGGUCAAGCCGAGCGUCUGCCGGGCCCGAGGAGGAAGAUGGCGGUGGAGUCGCGCGUUACCCAGGAGGAAAUCAAGAAGGAGCCCGAGAAGCCGAUCGACCGGGAGAAGACGUGCCCGCUGCUGCUGCGCGUCUUCACCACCAACAACGGCCGCCACCACCGCAUGGACGAGUUCUCCCGGGGCAACGUGCCGUCCAGCGAGCUGCAGAUCUACACUUGGAUGGAUGCAACCCUGAAAGAGUUGACUAGUUUAGUAAAGGAAGUGUAUCCAGAAGCUAGAAAGAAGGGCACACACUUCAAUUUUGCAAUUGUUUUUACAGACCUUAAAAGACCUGGCUACAGAGUAAAGGAAAUUGGCAGCACCAUGUCUGGGAGAAAGGGGACAGAUGAUUCUAUGACCCUGCAGUCACAGAAGUUCCAGAUAGGAGAUUAUUUGGAUAUAGCAAUCACCCCUCCAAAUCGGGCACCACCACCAUCAGGGCGCAUGAGACCAUAUUAAAUUUUAUUUGCUAUUUCUUGGGGUAUUUUUCAUUCAGUUAUGUAAAAUAAACUUAUUCUCCCCUCA